AUGGCGCGCAAGACCAAGACGUCGGCGUCCGCGUCCGCGACCAAGCGCGCCACGCGCAUCGACAAGGAUGUCAAGACCACGCUCAUGCACAGCCGCGUGCUGUCCUUCCUGUACGACCUCAUGUGGAGCUACCGCUACUUCCCGCAGCUCGCCUGCUGCCUGCUGCUCGCGGAGGCGGCCAUCGGCUACCUCAUCAUCCAGCGAGUGCCCUACACGGAGAUCGACUGGUCCACUUACAUGCAGCAGGUGGAGCUCUUCAAGGGCGGAGAGCGCGACUACAUGAACAUCCGCGGCGACACGGGCCCGCUCGUGUACCCGGCGGGCUUCCUCUACGUCUUCUCCUUCCUGCACUCAGUGACCGACGAGGGGCAGAACAUCCGACGCGCGCAGUACAUCUUCCUGGGCAUCUACCUCGUCAUGAUCGCCACGGUGCUCGCCAUCUACUACCGCGCGCGGGUGCUGCCUCCGUGGGCCACCGUGUUCCUGUGCGCGUCCAAGCGCCUGCACUCGAUCUUCAUGCUGCGUAUGUUCAACGACGGCAUUGCCAUGACGCUGCUCUUCAUUGCCGUGUACCUGUUCGCGCGCCAGCGGUGGCGCUGGGGCUGCGUGUUCUUCAGUCUCGCCGUGUCCAUCAAGAUGAACGUGCUGCUGUUCGCGCCCGCGCUCUUCUUCCUGCUGCUGCAGUCCUGCGGCAUUCUCCGCACGGCGUGGUAUCUGUUCAUCUGCGCUGCGAUCCAGAUCGCAUUGGGCUACCCGUUCCUCAAGCACAACUGGUGGAGCUACAUGAACAAGGCGUUCGAGCUCAGCCGCGUGUUCACGUACAAGUGGACGGUCAACUGGAGGUUCAUUGACGAAGAGACGUUCGUGUCGGGCGGGUUCGCCAUCUUGCUGCUACUGAGCCACCUGUUCUUUAUGGUGCUUCUACUGGACAAGCACUUCAACAUCAUCGGCACGAUCCGCGCCGUGAUGAUGAAGCCGUUUGCCAUCUACGAACCGUUCCCGAUCCAGAGCGAGAUCGUCGUGACGUCGCUGUUCGUCAUGAACUUCGCGGGCAUUGUGUUCUCCCGCACGCUGCACUACCAGUUCUACUCGUGGUACUACCCGACGCUGCCGUACUUGCUGUGGUGCUCGGACCUGCCUCUGCUGCUCAAGAUGGCGGCGCUGCUGAACAACGAGUACGCCUUCAACACGUUCCCGUCGACCACCAUGAGCUCGCUCAUGCUGCAGCUCACCAACGUCUUCCUGCUCAUCACGCUGUACCUGAACCAGAAGUCGAACUCGUUCGUGCCGUACCUGGACGCCGAGGCGCGCACCAACCUCAUCGCCUUUGUGAACGAGGAGUGCUUCGACGGCGCGCGCCAGCUCGCGCUGUACUACGGAAGCGUCACGGAGGAGCUGGCGGAGGGCUCCACGGUGUCGUCCAUCGACGAGCACGAGGUGGUCUUGUCGCUGCCCAAGCUGAAGCUGACGCUCGCCGUGGGCUUCGGCAGCAGCGGCCCUGUGACGGGCGAGGGCUACGGCCGCCAGGUGCUCAAGGACAUGCUUAGGGAGGCUGGCGAGGGCAUCAAGGCCGGCGACACCAUGGGCAAGAUCAUCAACCGCGAGUACAUGAAGGACAAGGAGCUCAAGAAGCUCGUGGACUCGAUGGACGACGUCAGCAGCAGCUCCACGACCACCUCGCUACGUCAGCGUACGACCACCAAGACGGUGACGUCGAGCGUGUAG